GCUGUCCAUCGCCACAUAUACCAGACUGCAUAUACUUAGUAAAAGUUUCUGUCAACUUCCGUCUACAUAUCUGUUUAUUUACCUCCACCCAUCCCAGUCUAUCAUUCUACUUAACUCUCCGAGAUCUCUGUCAGAGUUUGCACUCUCUCGACUGGGUCAAAACGACUGAGGGAACGACAUCACUGAGGCUACCCGCUACUCUCAGCUCAUCUUUUUUUAAAUUCGACCCUACAUAUAUCUCUGCGCCCACCCUUCCCUCGACAGGGGUUUCAGUUCUUCGCGUCUCAUUGCGAUCUCAGCGCGUCUCUAGUGAAGGUUAGAACACCUAUUUACCAAGGGCUCGUCCUUCAGUUUGAACUUUUCAGCCACACAAGACUCGACAUGAUAUCCGAAAAAGAACACGUUCGAGGCUGCCUCCCUCGAUUCACACACACACGUCAUACAUUUUCGAUACCAGCGGGGUCAGACGGGAAGGAGCGUAUUGUGAUGUGGGCUUUCAUCCCCGACAUACAUAAACACACGCAACCUUCACCAUCAAUUGUCAUGGCAAAUGGUCUCGCUUUACCUAGAUCAGCUGGACUUCCUCAUAUCGCAGCAUGCUUCGCCGCUGAGGGUUACAACGUUUUCCUCUUUGACUUUCGUCACUUGGGUGACUCUACCGGUUCUCCUCGUCAAGUCGUUUCAGCGACCAAACAACAAGAGGACUACGUCAGCGUUCUCCAAUAUGUCAGCGACCCCAAUCGACAUCAGAAUCUCUUCGGCCGACGUACAUUAGAUCCCAAUCGCAUAGUUCUAUGGGGGUGGAGCAAUUCUGGUGGACAUGUAUCGUAUCUUGCGGGUCGAAGUGAUAUCCCAGCUAUAUCAGCCGUCAUCGCCAUCGAUCCAUUAUGCGAUGGAAUAGGGAAUUUUCUCUACCACCUUCGGAAGUCUCCAGGUGCUCUCAUCAAGAUCACGCAUCGAAUUUGGGGUGACCUAUUCGCUUCUCUGAUUCCUGGGGUCAGCGCUGUAGUGGUACCAGCGCUUGGACCUGGUGGGUUCUUGGGUUCUGAAGAGGCUGAACGAGGAGCACGACAGUUAACACCGAUAGAUGGACCUCCUUUCGUGAACCAUGUCGCCGCUCGUUAUGCGUUGGAUGUGCUUUUCAAUCGAGCCAGUGGCGCUUCAGUUCGAUGUCCGAUCAUGGUAUCUUGGGCUAGGGAUGGAGGAGAUGGGCUGAUACCGAGUUAUUUACCACAGAAGCUUGCAGAGGAUGCUCGGGCAGCGGGUACACUUGUGGAUGUCUAUGAGCAUAUUGGAGAUCAUUUUGCCAUUCACCCAGGUGGGUCUGCAUUCGAGGAGACUACACUUCGUCAACUUCAAUUCCUUGCUCGGACAGUAGGAACAAUUUCGUGAUACUACCUAGUCCUCGCUCUGUUUUGAUAUCGGCGAUUUUAUCUAAUCUAUAUCAUUUCGUGUUUAUGUUUUAUUGGUAUUUUCAAUUUGGAGAAAAUCCGGAUGGAAGUGAUUCAAGCGUCUUAAUUUUCAAGAAUACAUCUUUUGUUUGAUCUUUGUUUCGUUCUUUUUGACUGGUAAAUAGAAUAACUUGUACGAUUUUUUUUGUCAUAUACGAACUUCGGUGUAAGCUUUUUUGAUUUGUUUAGAUCAGAUUAGGUGUGAAAUGCGUCAUCUCCUCGUUAUUUUUUUACACUUAUGUCUUAGAUGGGUUGGCUUUCUUGAGAUUCAAAUCAAUAUUUUUGAGAAUACAUAAUGAUUUGUUGCGAU